UAUUUUGAUAGAUUUUUCACCUCUAGUGCCUUAGAGGUGCUAGUAAAAACCGUUGUAUUACACUAAUGUCUGCAAUAAAUUUUUAACUGCCCAAACGAUGUAGCUAGAUUUAUCGUACACUUUAGAAAACGAUAUUAAAGAUGAAACUUGAUUUGUGUGAGGGGAAUAGUUUAGAUUCCUGCUGGAAGAUAGGAGGUCGCAAAUCCCGGGCCCCAUUCGAUCGGAAUGAGAUCGAAGCCGUGAAUAUAGUGGAUUGCUGCAAGAAAAUCACUGACUUAAUAGACGAAAACACGUUGAGAAUACGUCAUACGAAUACAAGGAACAAUAGAAAUGUAAAUUUUAAACAUAUUUCACAUCUGGCAUACGGCGCUACUAAUAUUUAUAGAUGUCAGGUGGAUAUUCUUUUAGGAGAUACGAAACUUUUGCUGGAUCAAAUGAAAAGUAAGAAUGUGGACUUUGUUCUUACAACCACAAUAUCUGUUUUGGACAAAAAAUCGGAUAUUACAAAUCAACAUAAACGGAAGCGUGUGAUCACUAAGAAAGCAAAUAUCACAAUCUCAAAACGCCCCAGAUUUCAGGAGUCUGAAUUUUUAAGUGAAUUCUCUCAGAAGUACUACGAAAACGUACUAUCUGAAUGUCAAAUGUGGAAGUCAGAAUGCACAGAACAGAUGGUCGAGGAUUUAAACCAGUCUAUAGAACUACCACGAAGAUGUAAGGAAUCAAUGUCAUAUCAUGCCUUUACCAUAACUGAAGAAAUACAAGAUAACGAAGACCAAAACAUUAUAAUGUCAUCUGAUGGUUUUGGUGAUAACGAUGAGUUAGAUUUAACCAUUUUUCAAGAACUUUACCCCAAAAACGGAAAAAAAUCUGACUUAAAAAAGCGCUUAACCACCCAGGAUGCAACCGGCAUUUUACCAGAAAAAAUGCCGAGAUUGGAUGAAUUGGAAAUUUUCAAAGUUGACAAUGCAAUAAUGGUCCAAAUUAUUCCUGACAACAUUGAUUCAGCUGGAGAUAAAUUAGAAUGUAAACAUUCGAUGUCGCAAUUUUCAAAGCCUUUUGAAGAAAUAAUAUUCAGCAAACCGAAGAAUUCUCGCAAAAGAAAACUCUUGGUAGAUAACCAUAUUAAAUACACUCGAGAACAACUCCAAAAGCAUAGACGCAAAUAUAUGGAUGAUUAUAUGUCUAGAACUGUAAUAAUACAAAAACCAUCAGAAAUACGGAAAUUUCCUAAUGAACUUUUAAGCAAACUGAAUAAAACUGCAAUAUUUUCAUCUAUUGAAAAUUAUCGAAGCUUUAGGUCAAAUAAAGAAGAAAUGCAUCAAGAGACCGAAAACAUCUUGAGAAAUAUAUUUGGCAGCGAUUUUUCGAAGACCCUUUUAAAGGAUAUUUUUUACGUAAAAAAAUUAAGUUAUGAAGAGUCACAUAUUCAUCAGGUCGAAUCCCAUGAAAUAAAGAACGUCUUUUCAUCUUCAUUACCCCACGUGGUUAAAAAUCCAGAAGGCAAUAACAAUUUCUUUCAACACACUUUACACUAUGAGAAUAUUAAUUUCGGUGUUCACAAUGUGAUGAUGAAUCUACUAAACAUUUGGCGUAAAAAUUCCAAAAUCACAGGAAUCGAUGCCCAUGAUUUUAUAAAAUCAUUUGAAAGUCGCUUCAACGUUUCGAUAGCCUUUAUUAAUUUAUUAUAUCUAGUUCGAGAUAAUUUCAUACAAAUCUCAAAGCGGGGUAACUCCCUUGAAAUGGACCAAAUUACUCUAGGAAGAAAGGGUGUCAAGCUAAUAGAUAGUUUCUAAAUAUUGUUUAAAAUCUUAUAAAGACUGUUAGCAAUUGUCA